AUGCAGACCAGAAUCCACCAAUCCCCCACCGAGGAUCGACAGGUCUGCAAGAUAUACCAUGGGAAGGUUGAUCCAGCCUUAGGAAUCCGCAACGUUUGUACGGUUGGGCUAGCUUUAGGAUGGAUUUUUGCGUCCACAUGUCUCAUUGCAGGAUCUAUCAUGAUAAGUUCCGACCAUGUCGCCAUCCCGCCAUAUGUCCGGAAAAAGGUGAUAAUGGUCAACUUCUUCCUGCAUAGUAUGACACCCGAGAAGCCCUAUCCUCAUAGUCAUCGCAUCCAGCAGCUGCGCCAAGGAACAUCUGUGUUGGUGCAACUACUCUUGAAUCUUCUGGUGACCAUUAUUCUGGACACGACCAAUUACAUACACGCCACUACCCUGAGAUGGGCUCUGUUUGACGAAGGUCGCCUGGAAUUCAACUCAUAUGUACGACUCUUCACUAGGGCCCAUGCACAUGGGCCUAAUAGCUGGUACAUGAACUUGAUCUCCUUGAUUGGUUUGGCAAUUGCCUACGGGGCGACAUCGUCUGCCAUCACAGAUGUGGUUGUUGUCGGCCAGUGGAACGAGCAGACCCAAUUAUUUGAUUACGGCUCUUCUGAAUCCUCAGAUAUCAUCGAUAUAAACGGCCUGGCAAUACUUGCUCUCGGUGUCGGAGUCUUUUUACAGGUCAGUGUGUCGACUUUUAGCUUGUUACGCACUGGUGGGGUAAGAACUUGGAACAACUCCCUUCUAGCCAAUGCAAAAGCGUGGCUUAAUGGCCAAGAUGAGAAAUACGCAGUGUCACAAGAGGCGUCCUCCAAAAUACCUUUUACAUCUCGAGUGACGCAGGACACUAUGCUCAGUAUCGCACCGCACGUCCAGCUAGCCCGACGCCUUAUCUGGGGAUUUUGUGCGCUUUUUACUGUCUGGUCUCUAGCACAGGGAAUUGUGACGGUCGAAUCAGGCUACAUGACGGAGAAUUUUAAUGAUUUCUCGACAGGCGUGCAGGCAUACUGGCGGUUCUAUGGCGCCAUGUAUUUUGACUUCAAGAAACUUACCAAAUCACCUCCAUACUGGCUGGGAUUGAUCAUUCAGAUCAUCGUUCAGUCUUUCCUGACUUUUGCGUUGCAUUGUGUGGAGCUCUUGUUCAAUCUUUCUCGAGACGAAGCAGCAUGGCGUGAUAUGGAAUCGGUCGGAUCGGAGGUCGACCCUUCUUGGAAGUCCAAUUUCAGCUGGCAGACACUGAUAAUGUUGGCGAUGAAAGCGGUCAUACAGUGGGUAUUUGGUUAUGCUCUCACUGCCGAUGUGUCAUUCAAUAUUGCGCUUCUGCCGAUAAUCGCUCUGAUGGUGUUGUUCAUUGGCUUGGCAAUUGCCUCGGAAUACAUGGUGAAGAAAAAGCCGAAGGGAACUCUACCCGCGUCAUACGGUAAAUUCAAUCGGGUGAUACAGCUUGUGGAUGAUUGGGAUCAUGUCCGCCUAUUUUGGGGUGAUAAAGGAUGUUUGAAGAACGGAAUGGCUCGCGCAGGUACAGCCGGUCGACGUUUACCAGACUUGCAACCAGAUACUCUUUAUUAUUGUCUUGAAAGGGAGGCUUGA